AUGGAAGGCAUCUACAAAAAAACGCAAAAAACAUACAACAGCCGGUGUUCGCUAAUGGUCACCCACUUAACUACUAAUCUGCCGGUUAGAGGCUUGUCUAUGGGGGAGCAGACGGGACCCCGAAUUCUCCUCUACCUAUGGUCGUAUGUGCUAGUGAUUGAGGCGAUUCAGUCUAUAUGCAAAAGAUUCGCACAAAUAAUACUCGAUUUCUUUUCCGCUAGAUGA